AUGCGGAGAUAUCAUCAAGAGCCUCCAGGUGUGUAUGUUUGGGAUACCUGUGCAAGCGAUAGUUGCCUGCCAAACGUGUGCCUAUAUGAACCCAGCAACGACGCCAAUAUACUGCUCGUAGCAUUUACAGUAUAUCACAAGGAAUUUGCCUGUCUUCUCCUUUUUCAAGAGAAAAACAAACUACUUACAUCUAUAUCUGAAUCAGAAGCAGCCAUGUCCGACCGGGAAGCCCUCCAGCCGAACAAGUCGAGCAAGACUCCAUCGAACCAUCCCGCUGCCUACUCAGUCGAGCAGAACAAAGAGAGAAGUCGGGCGCUCAAUCAGAAGCUCGAUUUUGCGUUGCUUCCGCUUCUUUCACUUCUAUAUCUAUUCAAUGGUCUAGAUCGUGGCAACGUUGGUAAUGCCGAAACACAAGGUUUUACCACAGACAUAGGGGCUGAGCCUGAUGAUUUGAAUGAAGCGGUCUCUCUAUUCUUCGUCACUUUUGUUGUCUUGCAGCCCGUUUCUGCCGCAGCUGGCCGUUAUAUUGGUGCUAAGCAUUGGAUCCCUUUUUUAAUGUUUGGCUGGGGUGCAGUGACAAUUGGUCAAGCAUUCAUCAAAGGACGUGGGGCGCUCAUCGCCACACGCUUGCUCAUUGGUGCUUUUGAAGCGGGCUUCUAUCCCACAGCCGUAGCGUAUUUGUCAUUCUUCUAUCCCCGUUACGACUUUUGUGUUAGACUCGCUCUAUUCUACGGACAGUAUGCCAUCGCUGGAGCCUUCUCAGGUUCGAUCUCAUACGGCAUUUUCCAUCUCCGUGGUGGUGGUCUUAAGAACUGGCAAUAUCUCUUCCUCAUCGAGGGAGCACUGACAUGCUUCUUUGCCAUCGUUGCUUGGCUAUGGCUACCUAAAGGCCCUGGCUCUGCAUGGUUUCUUCGUCCAGGUGAACGAGAGUUUGCUGUCGAACGCAUGAAGCAAGACAACGCCGAGUUUGUACAGCAUGAGUACAGCGAAGAUGGUAUUGAAGAGAACCGCUUGAGCAAGAGAGAUUUUGUGGAAACGAUGAAAGACUGGAAGCUGUGGACUGUCCUUCUGCUCAACAUCUGCGCCAGUGUCCCCAGCGGUGCAUUCUCGGGUUUUCCUGCCCCUUGUUGUUCAGGGGCUGGGUUAUGA